AUGACUCGUGCUCCCAAUGUUUCCGCUGCACUCCAACAGGUGCAUUUUGUGCUGUUCGACAAUACGAUGCUCAACGACUGGCUGGCUGCUAUCCGUGCUGCCAAUCUGCCACAGCUGAAGCUACAGCGGUCACCAAUGCCACUGCUGCAGCAAUCGCGAAAUGGGUCAACACAACAGCAGGGGAAGCAGAUGGUGAAAGGGGAGGUGAAAGAGGGGAUGGGGAAGAAGGUGCAACGACAGGGGGCAGAGGUAGGAGGAGAAGGAGCAAGGCCAGCACAGCAGGAGGAGAAAAGGCAAAUGCAGCAGGGAGCACAACAGCAGGGAGUGCAACGGCUGCCGAAGCAGACAGGUCUCCAUGCACAGCAGGGACUGCAACAGCAGAUGCGAGAGCAAGCACAGCAACAAACGCAGCAGCAAACACAGCGGCAAGCUGGGAAGGCCCCCCAGCAGACGCAGCAGGAAACACAGCAGCAAGCUUGGAAUCUUUCCCCGCAGACACAGCAGCAUGGAGAUCUGCUUGCAAUGGAAGGUUCAUCAUCCAAGGCAGCACGACAGCCACAGCAGCAGCCACAGGAGCUGCCUCAGACGCAGCUUCAGACACAGAUGCAGCAGCAACAGGAGCUUCUUGAGAAGUCACGGCAGCAGGCAUCCCAGCAGACACAGCAGCAUAAAGAACUGCUUGCAGUGAAAAGCACGCUGACGAGCGAUAAGGAUGGGCGGGUGGUGGGAAGGGGAGCGAAUGGGAGGAGUGGUGGGGGGAUGGAAGGCGAGAAACGAAAGGGGAAGGAAGUUGGUGGUGACGGAGGAAAGAAGGGUGAUAAUAGUAAGGUAGAUAUCAACAAGGGAAGCCACAUGGGUAAGGGUGAUAACGGCAUGGGUGAUGCCUCUGGGGAUGUUGUGGGGGACAGCACCGGGAACGUGGUAGUGAAAGACAGCAACUCAGUCGCGGUAGCAGAUCUGCUUCAUCUGGAGGCGGAGGAGGAGGAGGGAGAGGGGGAGGAGGGGGGGGACAUGAUAGUCUGGGAUACAAAGGGCAUGGAGGCACGGGGAAGACAGGACAAGAAGCCAUAUGGACCAGGAAGCAGGAAGGCGUGGGUUGGAGGGGGAUGGAUGCUGACUGGUGGGAAGACGGAGAAGCUGGGUGGAAAGGCUGGUGGUGGUGACGCAGCGAAGGCUGGUGGUGACGCAGCAAUGGGUGGUGGUGACGUGGCAACGGUUGGUGGUGACGUGGCAACGGUUGUUGGUGACGUGGCAACGGUUGGUGGUGAUGCAGCGAAGGUUGGUGGUGUUGCAGCGAAGGUUGGUGGUGACGCAGCAAUGGGUGGUGGUGAUGUGGCAACGGGUGGUGGCGAUGCGGCAACGGGUGGUGGUGACGCGGCAACGGGUGGUGGUGACGCAGCAAUGGGUGGUGGUGACGCAGCAAUGGGUGGUGGUGACGCAGCAAUGGGUGGUGUUGCUGCUCCUUCACCUGCUGCCUCUGCUGCCGCAGCUGCUGCUGUUAGUGCGGUCCGGACUCAUAUCCCCCACCUGCCGCUCCCUCCAUACACCGUCCACCAGUCUCAGAGGAAACUCUUUUCGGACACUGCUGCGUUUGCAGUCCCACCUCCUCCUCCCCUCGGUGCUGCUCGUGCGUCUGGUCGCCGGGUGCUGGUGGUGCAUCGGGGGGAUAUCACCAAGUGGUUUGUCGACGGUGCAACCGAUGCCAUUGCUAAUACCACAAACGAGAAGGCUCCAGGCGGGGGUGGCUUGGAUGCAGCUUUGUUUCUCUCUUUUUCCUCCAAACCUAUCACAACCUUCUCUGCUCUCUUCCCUCCCUUUCCCUCUAAGUUCCGUGCUCUCACCUCUCAUGUUGACCCUGUUUUCUCUCCGCCCUCCAGCCAUCCACACGGCAGCAGGCCCAACCCUCCUGAAGCUCUGCUACGACCUGCCCUGCUCUCUUCCCUCCCUCUCUCUAAGUUCCCCUCGCCCUCUAAUUUCCCCUCUCUCAUUUAUCCACCUUGUCCCUCCCUGCACCAGCCAUCCACAAGGCAGCAGGCCCGGCCCUCCUCAAGCUCUGCCUUGAUCUACCCUGUGGCACCUCUCCGCCUCUCCUCCUCUCCACCUCUUUUCUCUCCGCCUCUCCUCCUCUCCACCUCUUUUCUCUCCGCCUCUCCUCCUCUCCACCUCUUUUCUCUCCGCCUCUCCUCCUCUCCACCUCUUUUCUCUCCGCCUCUCCUCCUCUCCACCUCUUUUCUCUCCGCCUCUCCUCCUCUCCAUCUCUUUUCUCUCCACCUCUCCGCCUCUCCGCCUCUCCGCCCCUCCGCCCCUCCACCCCCCCGCCUCUCCGCCCCUCUUCGAGGUGCUACCUCGAGAUAG